ACCCCUGCUCUACAGCAUAUGCCCUAUCCCCUUUUUCAUUUGGCCUCUUGCUUUCCUAAGCUGAAACCCUCGUUUGGGAACUCACCUUCUCUUGUUACUUGUUACCUCCGUUCUAGGACCGUGAAAAUCGACGUCUAUGACUGGGACCGGGAUGGCAGCCAUGAUUUCAUCGGAGAAUUUGCCACAAGCUAUCGGGAACUCUCUCGCGCCCAAAACCAGUUCACAGUCUAUGAGGUUUCGAACCCUAGGAAGAAGUGCAAGAAAAAGAAGUACACUAACUCGGGGACUGUAACCCUUCUGUCAUUCACAGUGCAGUCAGAAUUCACGUUUGUUGAUUACAUUCGAGGCGGGACGCAGCUGAAUUUCACGGUUGCCAUUGACUUCACGGCCUCCAAUGGGAACCCUUCGCAACCCACUUCUCUUCAUUACAUGAGCCCUUAUCAACUCAGCUCCUAUGCCAUGGCACUGAAAGCAGUUGGCGAAAUCAUCCAGGAUUAUGACAGCGACAAACUUUUCCCUGCUUAUGGCUUUGGCGCCAAAGUCCCACCAGACGGCAAAGUGUCUCAUCAGUUCCCUUUGAACAAUAACCUGGACAAUCCCAACUGCGAGGGCAUCGAAGGGGUGCUGGAAUCCUAUUUCCAAAGCCUACGUACCGUGCAGCUCUAUGGACCCACCAACUUUGCACCUGUCAUCAACCUGGUGGCCUGUUUGGCUGCCCAGGUCACUGAUGGCUCCCAGUAUUACGUUCUUCUCAUCAUCACUGAUGGAGUGAUUUCCGACAUGCUGCAGACUAAAGAAGCAAUUGUCAGUGCUUCUUCCUUGCCCAUGUCUGUCAUCAUCGUGGGAGUGGGCCCUGCUGAGUUUGGGGCCAUGGAAGAGCUGGAUGGAGAUGAAGUACGGGUCUCCUCCAGGGGGCGAUAUGCCGAGAGAGACAUUGUACAGUUUGUGCCCUUCCGAGACUACGUAGACCAUUCCGGCAACCACAUUUUAAGCAUGGCACGCCUGGCGAAAGAUGUCCUGGCUGAAAUCCCAGAGCAGCUGCUUUCAUAUAUGAAGACCCGAGACAUCAAGCCCCUUUCUGCUAGACCACAGUAAACUCUAUCUUCUCCACAGCCUGAAGCCAUUCAGAUAAUUUUGCUCCAGCUGGGACUGGGGAGAUGCUUUCCACCUAAGCGAGAGGGGCCCUUUCCUCUCUUCCAUUCAGAACUGGCUAGUUUAGUGGGCGGGGGGGACACAGCAAGUUCACUACCGGGAAGCGGGCAGGAUAUGAAGGCCAUGCUUCACACAGCAGAUGUGACACCAGCACAAAAGCCUGGCUCCACCCAGGAUCUCAAGGAGACGGUUCCAAUUUCAUGACACAGCCCUGGCAAGAGCCUCAAAAGAGGAAGUUCAGAAGA